AUGGACUCAGCAUAUGAGCAACCCACUCCGCAACUGGGGCCUCCGCUCUCGCGAGCACCCACAGGAACCGGCGUAGAACCACUCAACAUCGUCAUCCUCGGCGCCUCGUACGCAGGCCUAGCCUGCGCGCACCACUUUCUCGACCACACGAUCAACAAGCUGCGCACCGUCAACGCAGCACCCUCCUACCGCCUCGUCCUCAUCAACCCCAGCACCAAUCUCUACUGGAACAUCGCCGCUCCGAGGGCAAUCGCAUCUCCGGCGUCAAUAGCGCAAGACGAACUCUUCAUCCCCAUUGAGCCCGCCUUCCAUCGCCAAAGAGCGCAUCACCUCUCCAUUGUGCAGGGCGAGGCGGUCAGCCUUGACCCCAUUGCGCGAACGAUCACGGUCGAAUUGAUCGGCAGCAAAGCGCAGAAGAGAGCGAGCGUGCUCAACAAGCGUGCGAGUCUGCAGCGUCCACUCUCGCUCGCGAGCCUCAAGGCGAAAGAGCAGACCAUCUCUUACCACGCUGUUAUCCUCGCCACAGGCACGGCGGCGCACAGCGAUCUUCUGACUCUCCACGGCCCGCAUCUCAACACGCUCGGCGCACUGAACGCAUUCCACUCGCGAGUGGUGGACGCGAGGACGAUAGUCAUCGGCGGAGCGGGACCUUCAGCGGUAGAAAUCGCAGCGCAGCUCGCGAGACAUCGAGAUUUUGGGCGUGACUGGUCGAUGAGAAAGCCAUCGAAGCCCGCGCAACGGAUCACGAUCAUCACAGCCUCCGAGCGCUGUCUGCCCUCUCAGGAACCGAAAAUCAGCCGGAAAGCGGCGAAGAAGCUGAUGGCGUUGGGCGUUGACAUCAAGUACAACACGCGCAUCGCCUCGACGAAAGAAACGCCCGACUCGAGCGGUCGCACGCUGCUGGAAUUGAUGGACGGCACCUUGCUGACUGCCGAUGUGUAUAUACCCUGCACGGGCGUAGAGCCUAACACGUCUUACCUCCCUGAUGAGAUGAAGGACGAUGAGGGGUACGUCCUCACUGACCCUGCCACGCUUCGAAUCGAUUGUCCUAUCGUUGGCGAGCGGACGUACGCUAUUGGCGACGUGGCGAGCUACUCCCGUAAUACGCUGCAAGACAUCUACGCCGCCGUUCCGGUUCUGAUGCACAAUCUGCUCAACGAUCUUCUCGCUCACGAGUUGCGGACUGCUUCUUUGCCGAAGAGCGAGAGUCAACGUCAUGUUGAUGGGAUGGUGGAUGCGAGGUUCGUGCAGAAGCCGUUGGGGUUUCGGCUCUGGCCUAUGACAAGAUUCGGCGGCGUGGGCACCUGGAGAGAUCGGGCUGUGCCUGGGUGGAUGGUGUAUUUGCUGAAAGGAAGACGAUAUCGGAUUGGGAAGAGGAAGAGGGUGGUUGAAUUUGGGAAGAGUCCUUAUCCGGUUAAGGUGCAGAAGGCCUGA